AUGUCCCCUCCUUCAGUUCCUUUAUCAAACAUCCUACAGCGAUCGAGAAUGGUGCUCACCAAACUCAACGCCAACAAGGAAACCAACACCAACUUACCACAACCCUCCACCAGUCGAAGCGCAAUGACCACCACCACAACUCCCCAUCCCCAUGACGACAAGAACGAUGAACGACCUGCAUUACCUUCUCGGUCAACCACAACAGCCACGCCAUCGACUCCCUUGUGCACCACCAACACUAAGCACCACAAUUACAGCCAUUCAGCACGUCUCAUUUUCAAAUUGGCCAACAACCAUCUCUUUGGUCGACGAGGCUAUCCAAAGGCACCCAGUUUGGCUAUCACUUAUUUACGACGAGCCGCCGCAUUGGGUCACGCACAAGCUGAAGGUGUGCUUGGAUUUUGCUACGAAUUUGGACUCGGCAUAGAAAUGGAUUUUGUACGAUCCGAACAGCAUUAUUUGGAUGCAGCUCGACAACAAGACGGCCUUGCAAUGGCUCGUUUAGCCUUUUUACGUAAAUACGGACGACCUCAUGUGCGUAUUGAUCGAGCCGAAGCUGAGGAAUGGGCUGAGCGAGUGCGACGUAUCGCACCUAGUAAUCCUGUUGCUUGGAUUGUGGAAGGAGCCACUUUAGACAAUGAUGCGGCGUGUCAAUAUGCGCUUGGUGUUUGUUAUCAUGACGGCGUUGGCAUGCCCAAAGAUGAACAUGCGGCUUUUCGUUGGUACAAGGCAAGUGCUGAACAAGGCAAUCCACGUGGUCAAGGUAUCCUUGGUUACUGCUAUGGCGAAGGCUUUGGUGUUCCCAAGGAUGAUGCCGAAGCAAUGCGUUGGUAUCGCUUAGCAGCUGCUCAAGGUGAAACGGUGGCCAUUUACAAUGUCGGUUAUUGUUAUGAAGAUGGCAUUGGUGUAGCCAAGGAUGUCCAUGAAGCUGUAAAGUGGUAUCGAUUGUCGGCUGAACAAGGCAACGCAUUUGCACAAAAUUCACUUGGCUACUGCUACGAGGAUGGCAUUGGCGUCAAACAAGAUUUACAUCAAGCAGCCGUUUGGUACCAACGUUCGGCUGAACAAGGCUAUCCAUGGGCUGAAUGCAACCUUGGUUACUGCUAUCAAAACGGCAUUGGUGUCCCCAAGGAUGAUACCCGUGGUGCUCAUUGGUAUCGCAAAGCGGCUAUCCAAGGUCAUGCAAGAGCACAACACAAUCUUGGUUUUUGUUAUCAAAACGGCAUUGGUGUCGAACGCAGUGAACAAGAAGCCGUGAAAUGGUAUCGACGAUCAGCUGAACGAGGCAACAUUUUUGCAUACCAUUCGCUUGGCUAUUGCUAUCAAAACGGCAUUGGUGUCACCGUCAAUGAACAAGAAGCCGUGUUUUGGUAUUACUUGUCAGCAGAGGAAAAUCAUGCACCAGCACAAUUAUCACUCGGCUAUUGUUAUCGUAACGGCAUUGGUGUACCAAAGAAUGAACGCGAAGCUGUGAAAUGGUUCCGUCGAUCGGCUGAACAAGGCAAUGCAUUGGCACAAAACUCGCUUGGAUUCUGUUACGAAGAAGGACUCGGUGUCAAAAAGGAUUGUUCUCGUGCUGUUUAUUGGUAUCACAAAUCUGCACGUCAACGAAAUCCUUGGGCACAAUGCAAUCUCGGCUUUUGUUAUGCCAAUGGUAUCGGUGUCGACAAGGAUGAUCGUAAAGCUGUCUAUUGGUAUCAACAUGCUGCUCAACAAAACCAUGCACGUGCUCUCGAUAAGUUGGGUGUCCAUCUUCAAACGGGCGCAGGCAUUGAACGUGAUUUACCAGCUGCUUUUGAGAUAUUCAAGCGAGCAGCAGAACAAGAUCAUGUGGCUGCACAAUAUCAUCUUGGCAAUUGUUAUGAAAAGGGUCUUGGAUGCACAGUUGAUCUACAUCAGGCUGCUUUAUGGUUUGAACGUGCUGCUAUGGCUGGAUGUCGAAACUCCAAUGAACGAUUACGACGGUUAUUAUUCCGAGUUUGCAUGUGGUCACCAGGCACAUCACCUUUAACCAUGAACGAAGACGAUCUUAUUUGUUCUGGAUUCAUUAGUGGACAUAGUGCGCCGGCCGCAUAA